AUGGAAUGGGAUGAGGAAGUUACAGCUGAAAAAAUUCUCAAAAUUGUGGUUUGUGGUGAUAGUGCCAGUGGUAAAACAUCAGUUUGUAGACGAUUUGUUCAAGAUUAUUUUGAUCGACAAUAUCAACAGACUGUAGGGUUGGAUUUCCUCUCCAAAAGGUUGACUUUACCUGGUAAUGUUCCCGUUCUUUUACAAAUUUGGGAUAUUGGAGGACAAAGCAUAGCAAGUCCAAUGCUUGGAAAAUACAUCAGUGGUGCACAUGGUGCCCUUGUAGUUUACGACGUUACCAGCAGUUCCAGUUUUGAGAACCUGAAAGACUGGAUUGACAUCAUGAAAGAGUACGCCAAACCCCAAGAGAAACCAAUCGUACUGAUGCUUGUUGGUAAUAAAACGGAUCUAGAACAUCGUAGAUCGGUUCGUAUAGAACGACAUACCAAAUUUGCAAUUCAAAAUAGCAUGUUCAAUCACUACGUCUCGGCGAAAACUGGUGAUAGCGUUUUGCUUAUGUUCAGGAAACUGGCUGCAGAAAUUCUUGGAAUUCCGUUGGAAGAAAAUGAUAAAGAUGCAGAUAUUGCUAUUGUAAAAGCUUAUGUUACUAUACCAACAGAAUCUGAAGCAAAAGUAUCGCAAAGACAGACAAACACAGACCAGUCUCGUAAUACAGCUGUCUGCUCACUUAUGUAA